UUUCUUCUUUUCAUAAAAUAAAAGCAUCUCUCAGUGUGUAACAUUAUAAUAUUUAGAUGUGUUCCUGUGUGUUUCUAACCAGGAGCUGGAACACAAAGUCAUCACUCUGAUAAAGAAUGAACUGAAGACGUUUAGGAAGCUCCUGAGUCCGGAUUACCCAGCAUGCACUGAGAGGGAGGUGGAGGAUGAGGAGGAUCUGCACAGUGUCAGAGAGGGAGCGCUGAAGAUCACACUGCAUGUCCUGAAGUACAUGAACCACACAGAUCUCGCUAACACACUGCACAACAAGUCUGUGGCCUCUGUGUAUCAGACAGAGCUGAAAUCCAGCCUGAGAGAGAAGUUUAAAAGAAUUAAUGAAGGAAUCUCACUGCAUGGAAGCUCAGCACUUCUGAAUGAGAUCUAUACAGAUCUCUACAUCACAGAGGGUUGGAGUGGAGACAUCAAUAAUGAACAUGAGGUGAGACAGAUUGAGACAGCGUCCAGGAGACCAGCAACACAGGAGAUACCCAUCAAAUGUAACGAGCUCUUUAAAGACAAGUCCAUCAGAAGAGUGCUGACUAAAGGAGUUGCUGGAAUUGGAAAAACAGUCUCUGUGCAGAAGUUCAUUCUGGACUGGGCUGAAGGAAAUGCAAAUCAGGACGUCACCUUCAUGUUUCCACUUCCAUUUCGAGAGCUGAAUUUGAUGAAGCAGAGAAAUCUCAGUCUGAUGGAGCUUCUUCAUCACUUUUUCCCAGAAAUGAGAAAACUAGAAUUACUAGACUCCUACACAGUGGUGUUGAUCUUUGAUGGUCUGGAUGAGUGUCAACUUCCUCUCAAUUUCCAGAAGAAUGAGAGAUUUUGUGACGUGACAGAAUCAGCCUCAGUGGAUGUGCUGCUGACAAACCUCAUCAAGGGGAAUCUGCUUCCCUCUGCUCUCCUCUGGAUCACCUCUCGACCUGGAGCAGCCAAUCAGAUCCCUCCUGAGUGUGUAGACCAGGUAACAGAGGUACGAGGCUUCAGUGAUCCUCAGAAAGAGGAGUACUUCAGGAAGAGGAUCAGUGAUCAGAGCCUGGCCAAUAAAAUCAUCACACGCAUGAAGUCUUCAAGAAGCCUCUACAUCAUGUGUCACAUCCCAGUCUUCUGCUGGAUCUCAGCCACUGUUCUAGAGAGAAUGUUGGGUGAAGCAGAGAGUGGAGAGGUCCCCAAGACUCUGACUCAAAUGUUCACACACUUCCUGAUCUUUCAGAUCAAACACAAGGACCAAAAGUACCAUCAAAAAUGUGACCCUGAUCCUCAGCAGACCAGAGAGAGUAUCCUGGCACUGGGGAAACUGGCUUUCCAACAGCUGGAGAAAGGAAACCUGAUCUUCUAUGAGGAUGACCUGAGAGAGUGUGGCAUUGAUGUUGGAGAAGUGGCAGUGUACUCAGGAGUGUGUACCCAAAUCUUCAGAGAGGAGUUUGGGCUUCACCUGGGGAAGGUGUUCAGCUUUGUACAUCUGAGUGUUCAAGAGUUUCUGGCUGCUUUAUACACAUUUCUCUGCUUUAUUUUUAGCAAGACAAAUGUGUUAGCGGAGCAACGCACUGGACUUUUCCAUUUCUUAAGAAAGUCAACCAUGUCUAAUUUCCUCAGGAGUGCAGUGGACAAGGCCUUACAGAGUGAGAAUGGACACCUGGACCUGUUCCUCCGCUUCCUUCUGGGUGUCUCACUGGAGUCCAAUCAGGCUCUCUUACGAGGCUUAAUGCCCCAGACAGGAAGCAGUUCUCACAGCAAACAGGAAACAGUCAGGUACAUCAAGAAAAUGAUCAGGGAGAAUCCAUCUCCAGAGAAAUCCAUCAAUCUGUUCCACUGUCUGAAUGAACUGAAUGAUCAUUCUCUAGUGAAGGAAGUACAGACUUACCUGAACAGAGGAGGUGACAGUCGUCUCAGGAGAACCAGACUCUCUCCUGCUCAGUGGUCAGCUCUGGUGUUUGUGUUACUGAACUCAGAUCAGGAGCUGGAUGAGUUUGAUUUGAGGAAAUAUGACCCAUCAGAGGAAUGUUUUAUGAAGCUGCUGCCAGUGGUCAAAGCCUCCAGAAAAGCUGAGCUGUGUUGGUGUAAUCUGACAGAGGAAAGCUGUAGAGUUCUGUCCUCAGUUCUCAGCUCAAACUCCUCCAGUCUGAGAGAACUGAACCUGAAUCACAAUAACCUGCAGGAUUCAGGAGUGAAGCUGCUCUCUGCUGGACUGGAGAAUCCACACUGUACACUGGAGACACUGAGGCUGUGGAGGUGUAAUCUGACAGAGGAAAGCUGUAGAGUUCUGUCCUCAGUUCUCAGCUCAAACUCCUCCAGUCUGAGAGAACUGGACUUGAGCUACAAUAAACUGCAGGAUUCAGGAGUGAAGCUGCUCUCUGCUGGACUGGAGAGUCCACACUGUACACUGGAGAUACUGAGGCUGCAGGAGUGUAAUCUGACAGAGGAAAGCUGUAGAGUUCUGUCCUCAGUUCUCAGCUCAAACUCCUCCAGACUGAGAGAACUGGACCUGAGACACAAUAACCUGCAGGAUUCAGGAGUGAAGCUGCUCUCUGCUGGACUGGAGAAUCCACACUGUACACUGGAGAUACUGAGGAUGAAUUACUGCAGUAUUACAGAUGAAGGUUGUGCUGCUCUGGCUUCAGCUCUGAGGUCAAACUCCUCAUCACACCUGAGAGAACUGGAUCUGAACGGUAAUAAUCCAGGAGAAUCAGGAGUGAAGCUGCUCUCUGAUCUACUGAAGGAUCCACACUGUAAACUGGAGACAAUAUACAUUAAGAAUAAUAAACUCACCAGGACAGGCGUAUGACAGGAGUCUCACCUCAAACCUCUUCUCCAGGAUAAAGCAGUUUUGGUGAAGAGUUAGAACCCGUCCCACAUUUCCAGCAGUUUGGGAGCUGAAUCAUUAACUUAAAGGGACAGAGCGGAUACAAAGUCAAGAACAGGCAGAAGGUCAUACACAGGAGAAAUCAACACACGUAACGCAAUAUCUGCUGUACAAAGCAACGGAAACGAUCUGCCCCAGGGAUGGAGACUGACGAGACUUAAGUACACGUCCGGAAAUGUACAGUCGACUGAUCCCAAAGCACGAGGCAGGAGCAGGCAUGAUAAUGGUAAAUGGUCUGCACUUAUAUAGCGCUUUUUUAACCUUAGUGGUUCAGAUUGGGUGGCCCAAAAGUAUUUGACCUCCAUUUAUACCAGUUCCCAAAGGCACUUGGAGACUGUGGUCAUUCACCGUAGGACCAAUUGCCCAGACUCGGUAGCAAUACUACCCCCUGGCACUUUAGUGUAUUGUAAGAAUCAUUUUCAUGGUUGCUGUAAGAUUCAGGAUGACUGGUGCUCCACUGUGUUUGAGAUUGUGGCCUACAUUGAUGAAGUGGGAACGCUAUAUAAGAUCAGACCACAUGGAGAAGAUGGACCCAUUAAAACUGUCCAUUGCUCAGAACUUAAGCCUGUUCUUAUCUGGCAACAAUAUGCCAGGUAAACCAAUGGGUCAGGUCUACUGGCCCUUUCCAGCCCCAGGCGUGAGUAGAGCCAGAAGGACCUAGAAUUGGAGAUAAUUCACAAGUGGCCAUAGUCCACACGAGAACGGGUGUAAGGAACUCUGAGGGUCAAGUCCAUGUUGAUUCUAGUUCUCAGCCCUCAGUGCUUCAGUCUAAUCCAAUAGGGGUACAAAAUGAUUACUCUCUUAUGAGUAUAGGUUCAUCUUUAGCAUCUCAACCUCAGGUGACCACACGAGAGCAAGAGUUGAAUUUCUCUAGAUCUUCAUAUAGCUCAAUCACUUGAUCAGUCAGGAAUGGGUUUAGUUUCUAGGCCAUCCUUUAGGCGUUCUACUCAUGGGACUCUCAGUGUUCACCGGGAUGGUGACCAUUAAAGGUAGGGGUGAAUUUGGCAAAGUUGGUUGUAGGCACUGUUGCGCAUGCCCACUAGAGGGUGCACUGAUUCUUUAUACACAUCACUUCCUGUCUAUAGAACCAUGUCCAGUGCUUGAAUCCUUUGCUACACUGUGAUUGUUGGUUGCUGGAAGAACAAGUUCUAUUGACGGCAAAUGUGUGUUGUAAAUGUGCCAACUCCAUUUAUACCUACCUGGACAGUCUAUUAUUUCGGGGCUUGGUAGCAUGUGGUCAUAAUUUGUCUGCAUUGCAUUGAUUGUGUGUGGGUGUGAAGAUGAAAAAAAAUACCAACAAUACCAUCAAACCCAUAUGUGCUUGUUGAAUAUACCAUUAUAGAUUUAGUCCCCCUUUGCUGUUAUAAUAACCUCCACACUUCUAGGUAAUCUUUCCACUUUAUUUUGGAGCAUGGCCUUUGGGAUUUGUGCAUUUGAGCAUGCUUUCACCUCCUGAAGAAGAGACUAAAGGGGGAAACCCCUCAAAACAAACAACAACUGAAAGAAGCUGUGGUAAAAGCCUGGAAAAGCAUCACAAAAGAAGAGUUCAACAGUUUGGUGAUGUCAGUGGAUCGCCGCUUGAUUAUUUAUUGCAAAGAAGGGAUAUGCAACCAAAUAGUGUUAUUUACUUUGAUUUCCUUGAAGACUUUCUGUUCCAAUAUUUUUGCUCACCUCAAAAUGUUCUAAAUUGUUUAACACAUCUAGAUGUAUAUAUCAGGAAAUUAAAGCUUCAAUUUUGA